UCGACGCCCGUGAGAUGCGACGACCAAGACUUGAGAUGAGCGAUGCACGAGUCUAGUAUUCAGACAAUGACGCGUUUAUGUGUAUAGUUUGUGAUCAGCGUCCAUGUCCGUGUGUGGUUUCACCGAGUGUUUUUUUUUUAUAGUGUGUGCAAUUCAGUGCCGUCAAAUCCAGUGCUCCGUAACAGUGUUUUGUUAGUAGUGGCGCACUAGUUUUGACUAUCUGUGGCCGCAGUUUCCUGCCGCAUUCUAGUUAGAUUCGCGAGGUUUUCCGAUUCAGUUCGAAAUGUUGAUCACAACACCUAGUGUUACCGCGGUUCGCUUCGGAUCAGUCUAGUGAGAAAUUCAUAGUGUUAUGUAGGCCUAUCUUUCAAAUAUUUAUUAUCAUCAGUGGAAAGUGGAAAUAAACGUUAUAUUGUGAAAUAUAUUAAAAACAGGAAAAAAUGUCACGUGAUCGUCGAUGGUGGAGUGUGCCGCGAGUUGGUUUCAUACCCUCGUUCAAUCUAUGGAGAACAUCGGAGCCAAUCGAAAAUGUGGAGACCAAUAUCGAUGAAGACAAUGAGGGGAAUGAAAGCCCCGACAAAAAGGAAACAGCCAACAAUGAAAGUGAACAAAUAACUACAACUGGUACACCUGUAGAGAGUGAAAAUGAUUCAGAUGUGGUUUCGAGGAAGAUAAAACUUCGGCGAUCACCAUCUAAGAGAACUUCAAACCGUAGCCGAUCAUCAAGUUUGUCAAACAGCUCUCAAAAGUCAACUAAUUUGAGAAGGGAUCGAGCCUCCUUGCCUCCGGAAAUGAACAAGGAUGAAGAGAAGAAAAGUUUGGAUCUGUCUGGAAUGCCUGAAAUAAGUUUUUCAUUUUUCAACGAUCGAGAUGAUGAGUUUAUUAUUGUAGCUGAUACAAUUCCGGUAAAUGCUGAAGUUCCUGCUAAAAAAGAGAACCGAGAAUUGAACAGAGAGGAUUCUGAAGAUUCGUAUGCGUCGACAUCGGGUGAUGUUUUGGAGGAAGGGAAGUCGCCGUCUGCAGUGGACGAGCCACGGUCUGACGAGUGUGAUGGCUCCUCCCUGCCAGAUGAGUCCUCACCGACCGAUUACCGUGUGCAGCUGGCCACCGAGCCCCCUCCAUCACCUACAAUCCGUCAUGUGUCAACUGUAACUAUUACUGUCAAACUUGUCGAACCUGCAGAAGGUGACAAUGACUAUGAGGAACUCAGUGAAACCACACCUGAACCACGGUAUGCUUCCCCUAGAAACUCAACAAUCACAAUCACGCCUGUUGUUGACAAUGUCCCCGUGUAUGCAACGGUGGAUAAAAGUGGGAAAAAGUAUGAAACAGUAGAGGGAGAUAUUCCUGAGGCACCUGAGAUUCCUCAGCCAGAUUGGGACCCGGAUUCUAACAAUGAGGGUGAUUAUGCAGAGUUGGCAGUUGCACCUGAGGUAGAUAACACUAAUCAGUCUACGAUAAUGGGAUCGUACCAGCCUGAGGAAGUUCUUGUGGGAAGACUGGUGCUAGCAGAGCCCAAACUGAAGACAACUUACAGCGAUCAGGCAGAUUUUCAAUAUCAUCCGAACCAAGACUACAAGACAAACCUGAGAAGGGCGAGACUUCUGCGUGCGCGCAGGGGCAGUGUGAUCCAACGCGCGUCCAUACUCCGGGUACGCUCGAAAUUGGGUCGCGCCUGGAAGUCUGUGAAAAGCUGGUGGCUGGAGGAGCGCCUCCGCUUCGGUGACGUCAUACUGAAACAGGCACACGAGCAGGCAGUGCGGCCUGAUUCCCGUUCGGUCAACAAAGAAGUCGAUGAUGAUGCCGCCUUGAAAGAGGAUGGGGAGGACGAGGAAGAGGAUGACACUUUUGAUGACAGUGCGUCGAACGCGUUUUCGGACGGCAACACGACGCUCAGCCGCCAGACGCUGCGACGGCACCGCCCCUCAUCACCGCCCCCAUCUAUUUCCAGAUCAUCCAGUAUCAUCAAUUUCAGACGGUCGCGUAUUUGCACUGAGGGACAAAAUGGAUUCGAAGAGCUUCGAAGGUACAUCAAACAGGGAGAGGAUUUCUGCAAGGAUCUUACCUCAAUCUUACAAGAAAGAUCAGAGGCGGAAACGCAGUAUGCGAAAACACUGUCAAAACUGUCAGCGAAACUUCUCAAGGCAACAAAGGAAGCUGUGGGAACCGUUAACCAGGCCUGGCAGAAGGUCGCCAUCGAAAUGGAAACGCAGAGUGAAGCUCACAGGUCUUUGGGAAAUUCACUCUCAGAGGAAGUUGUCAAACCAUUGAGACAGCUCAUUGAGUCACAACACAGGAUACGAAAAUCAGUAGAAACCUCAGUUGAUAAGACUGGAAAAAGUCUUGCAGAAUGGAGGUCGGCUGAGAGUAAAUCAAAGAAGCAGAGUUUCCAAAAUGCACGAGAGAAUGAGAAGAUGCAAGACGCUAUGCUAGAAAUUAGGCUAGCCACACCAAAUAAUACCAAAUUAUCCACUAGCACGUUACAUCUCCAUAGUCAGAAGGUUGUUUCUGAUAAGGAGAAUGCCAAGAUGGAAUCCAAACGUAAGAAGGCUGAAGAAUCAGUGAAGAAAGCUGAUGUAGAAUAUUACACAUAUUGCAUCCGAGCUGAAAGAGCAAGGUUAGAAUGGGAGUCAGCAGUGACGCGAGGGAGUCAAAGUUUCCAAACAAUCGAAGAGGAAAGACUGCAGCAUCUCAAAGAUGUGGCCAUGUGCUAUUUGCACCACUUCAAAGAUAUUGGACCAAAGUUAGUUCAGAGUGCAGAAAGAUUGCAAGAGCCGAUUCAGCAAUGUGAUAUUAAUCACGACAUGGAGACUGUGAUCUCUCUGAAAGGAGCAGGUCAAACAAUGCCUGAACAACUGUUACCUGAUUUCUAUGCCGAACAUAUCACACUGGCUAUGAACAAGGAACGGAGAAGACAGGCAUUGUAUAAAAUCUUGCAACUUAUACGCCAAGACCUUGAAAGAGAGAGGCGAGGAAAGCAAGGCGUUGAAAACUUGGCUCGAGCACUGAAGCAAACGCCCAAUUUCGGAACGGAGGAUUCACAACAAAACGUUACAGAGAAACUUCACCAUAUGCGAUCAAUGCUUGCUUACCUGGAGGCAGCGAGGUACAAAGUACAAAGCUCUGUGUGUGAACUGGAAGGCCAACCAAAGAGUAACCAUCCUCUCUCAUCCCACAUACAAGUCACUCGAGAUCGACAAGGAUUUCAGCAGAGCAUUCUAAAACUUCCCCCCUGGGUUAGGACAGAAUCUGUCGACAUAGUAGAAUCUCCUGACUGGACUGAUAGAGGCGCAGCCGAUGGAAAUUCAGUUCAGCCUGACAGUGAUUUUGAACACUUUCCUGUUUUAGAUGAAUUUUCGAGUCAAGGAAGUGAGAAGGAUUACCAGAACAGUGUUCUCAGUCAAUACCAUGUACCAACACAGAUAAAUUGCAAUCAAAAUAGAUGCAAGGCACUCUAUCACUAUGCUGCAAACCUCUACGAUGAAUUAAAUCUAACACCUGGUGAUGUUAUAAAUAUUCAUGAGAAGCAGGCUGACGGAUGGUGGCUGGGAGAGCUGAAUGGCACUGUUGGAAUAUUUCCUGCUACAUAUGUAGAAGAGAUGAAGUGAUGGAAAAUUAUCUUAGAAAUGGGAAUACGAGAAUACUCAAGAAAGAUGCUUUUCCUCUCUUAUAUUUCAAUAAAGUUGUAAAGUUUCAUCCGCUGUCAUCAACAGAACGCAGAUAUUUUUGUGCAAAAUCAAACAUAGCGAUUGCAAUAUGUGGCAUCCAUCAUUGUACUGUUAACUCUUCUGCUACAAAGCAUAAAAAUGUAGAAUUGCUAAAAAGCUGAGUCAUAAAAAUUGUGUACCUUGUUAUUCCAAAUGCGACAUGAGUCAUUAUUACUGUAUCUUUUAGGGUGAAAUAGUGUGUAUUUCCUACUUGAUAAAACUAAAAAUCUCAAUAAUAAUAUUUAAGGAUAAGUUUGAUAAUAGUAGUAAAUUAAUGGAUGAAUGCCGUUUUAAUUAUUAUGAUUUGAAACACGCAUAUAUGCAGCAUUUGUAAAUAUUAUUGUAGUUGCCAUUUAUGUUGUUCUCAUCAAAUACGAAGAACUAUCAAUAAAAUUAACGUUUUAUACCUGAA